CUUCCUUCAAGUUUGUAAAGUGGACAGCUAACACAUUUUAUUACUGUCACUCAUUCAUAGCAUUUCCCAGCUGAAAAUGUGGAGAGCAGCCUGUAGGUGUUCCUGUGUGAUCAGGAAUAACAGGUAUUCUCCAGUGGAGUUGUUAGGAGUUCUUUACUGUGGUGAAACACAAUAUGCUUCUUAUCAUUCCACCAAACCUCUUCUUCUUCCAAAAGACACUGGUUUGAAACUUGUGGAAAGGCUGAGAUGUAAUCUUUUUACAUCUUCUGGUAAACUGUCCAGGACUGCUGGUUUUCCUUCUACAAAAAGGCCACAAAGCAAAGAGCCCCCAGCAUCUUAUCCUGGGAGGAAAGUGUCCUCUGAACUGCAGAAGCUCAGUUUGGAGGACUUCACAGAAGCUGAAGCUCAAAAACUUAACAAGGGCACCCAGAAGGUCAGGACUGCUCAGGUCAAAGUCAGAGGAGCCAAAGAACAUGACAUGGUGUUUGGGGUGGCCCCGUGUUUACUGGCCUUAACUCAGGCCAGGAGGACGCCCAGUCGUCUCUUCGUGAAGAGCAGUGAAGGACAUCCGAGAGAAGCCGUUCAGAGGGUUUGUGAGGAGGCCCUUAGACAUGGAGUUCCAAUCCAGCGAGUCAGUAAGAGGGAACUGGACACGAUGACUGGUGGAAUGGUCCACCAGGGGGUGUGCCUUCAGGCAAGUCCUCUAGGCUUUCUCACAAAAGAGAAAUCCACAAGACCUCAGCAUGGUGGACACCCUCACCCACUGUGGCUUGUCCUGGACGGAGUGCAGGAUCCGAUGAACCUUGGUUCCAUUCUACGCACUGCCUAUUUUCUUGGAGUGGACAGAGUAGCUAGUAGCAUUCGGAACAGCUGUCCAUUAACCCCAGUGGUGAGCAAAGCCAGUUCAGGGGUUAUGGAGCUCAUGGAUGUGUAUGGCUACAGUAACUUGGCUGACGUAGUAAAGAUGAAACUGGAACAGGGAUGGCAGGUAGUCGGCACCGUUGGGUCUGAAGAGGCCGUUUCUGGAGCUUCGGUUGUGUCAUGUUCCGAAUACAGGAUGUCCAAACCUACAUUGCUGCUGAUGGGUGGUGAAGGUUUCGGUCUGUCUCCUGAACUGCGUCAGCUGUGUGAUAUUCUGCUCACUGUCCCUCCCAGAAGAGACCUGCACCCUGCUGUGGACUCGCUCAACGUUUCUGUAGCCACAGGCAUUCUGUUGCACUCUAUCCUCUCGUCAUGCAGAGCUGGUUGAUGUUAAUGAUGAUAAUGAGGCCGAGGAUGAUGAUGCUGGUUUAUUUACUUGGACCUCUUCCCAUUUGCUCCCUACAGUGCUUAAUGACUGGAUUAUUUCAUCAAUUAGCUAUCAGCGGGCCUGAGAGAACCCAUUGAUCGUAAGGCAAAGACUGGUGAUUGCUCUUUUGGCCUGUUGUUUGACUGCAUCCAUUAAGGAAAAAGUUGAAUGGAAAAUUAUAGGACUUAAACACCAACAUGCAGCACACUGUUUUCAAAAUACUGUUAUAGAUUAUAUAUGUUGGUUUUUUUUUGAAGGUAUAGCAUUGAAGAUUAAAAUAAAUGUGUAACGAUAAAACUAAGAACACAUGGUCAUCACUCAACGUGUGCAAGUAUUUGUGGGCUAUAAUAAUCAAAAAAUCUAAUUUUCAUGUUUUAUUU